AUGGCAGAUAGCGAGUUGGCGCCCAAGUUUGCCCCGUUCUUUUCCUUCGCCGGCAUUGCCGCUGCAAUGGUCUUCGGGUGUGCUGGAGCCGCAUACGGCACAGCCAAGGCAGGCAUUGGCAUUGCGGGUGUCGGAACUUUCCGACCUGAUCUGAUCAUGAAGGCAAGAAUACUGGUGUCCCUGAUUCCCGUCGUCAUGUCCGGUAUUAUCGCCGUCUACGGACUCGUCAUUGCAGUCCUGAUCGCAGGAGCUCUGAACCCGGCAUCGACAAUGAGUUUAUACACUUCGUUCAUGCAUCUCGCAGCUGGUCUGUCCGUCGGUCUCUCCGGUGUGGCCGCCGGCUACACUAUUGGCAUUGUCGGUGACGCGGGCGUCCGGGCGUACAUGCAACAAUCUCGGGUCUAUGUGGGCAUGAUUCUGAUUCUGAUUUUCGGCGAAGUUCUUGGUUUGUACGGUUUGAUCGUCGGCUUGAUCUUGAACUCGAAGUCUUGA